GGUACAGUAACAGCGCGCGAACGACGCACCAAUGCCUUGUCCCUUCUUGCUACGCAUUUAUGUGGGCACGGGUGGGAGCCACACACAUCGGGACUACGCUUUCCUGCCCCUUGCCAUGUUCCAUCACGAGUCGACACCCUGAGCCCCCUUGUUUUAGCCCGUCGUCUUGGACGCAUAAACAAAACAACACUUGUCCCAGCAUAGCCAGUCACUUCAUACGCACGGCCGCUCCUAGAAGUGUUUAGCUUGCUAGAGCUCUUCACCUUUGCGGGUCGACCGCGCCGUUGGCUCACGACCGUGCAAACAUACCAAUUUAAAGCCUUGCGCUAAUCGAUUUAUUAGCGGCUCACGCGGCUUGCUCGGCGCUCCCGUCUGCGGUCCUCCUAAAGAGCAGACAAGCCAGUGGUUCAGCAGCGCCUGGCCACCUGCGGCAGGAAUGAGCCCCUCCAUCUGCCGAACAUCCUGCGAGGCAGAUCCCGCGCCAGCGCCGGCGCCCGCUGCGGGCCCUACGCUUGUCAAUGGAAAUGGCGCCAGCCCGAACGGCCAUUCCGCGGGAUGCUCCACCAGCGGUCGCAGCGCAGCUUCCCCCGUUGACUGGUCAAAGGUCCGUCUGGGCGUUGACCCGGCCCCCACCAUGUUCGUUGCCAACUGGUCGGCUGAGAGCUGCUGCUGGGACGGCGGGCAGCUGGUGCCGUACGGGCCGCUGCAUCUGCUGCCGGCUGCGCAGGUGCUCAACUACGGGCAGUCCAUCUUUGAGGGCAUGAAGGCCUACCGCCAGGCCGACGCCCCCGCCCCCGUCCCUGCCUCCGCCCCUGCCUCAAUCCCCACCUCCGCACCAUCUGCAUCGUCAGCAGCGGCGCCAGCACAAGCGGCGGCAUCCACACCAACCGACGGAGCUGCAGGCGAGCAGCAGCAGCAGCAGCAGCACAUCCUGCUGUUCCGACCCGAGGCCAACGCGGCACGCUUCGAGGCGGGCGCGGCGCGCAUGUGCAUGCCGCCGGUGCCGCCGGAAAUGUUCCUGGCGGCUGUGCACGCCGUGGUGCGAGCCAACGCCGACUGGGUGCCGCCCUCCUGCCGUGGCUCCCUGUACGUGCGGCCUCUGCUGCUGGGCACGGGGCCGCUGCUGGGGCUGUGCCCCGCGCCCUCCUACACCUUCGUGGUGUACGCAGUGCCCGUGGGCGGCCGCGCCAAGGAGGGCCGGCUCACGGCUCUGGACUUCCUGAUCCACGACUCGCUGCACCGCGCCGCCCCCCGCGGCGUGGGCUCCACCAAGGCCGCCGGCAACUACAGCCCCUGCCUGAUGGCGCAGGCGCAGGCGCGAGCGCAGGGCUGCACCGACUGCAUCUACCUGGACGCGCGCAGUGACACCUAUCUGGAGGAGGGCUCGGGCUGCAACGUGUUCGCCACCCACGGCCGCGUGCUGACCACGCCGCCCGCCGCCGGCUCCAUCCUGCCAGGCAUCACACGCGCCAGCCUGCUGCAGCUGGCGGGGGCGCUGGGCUAUGUGGUGCGGGAGGACAACAUCAGCGUGGAGGCCGCACUGGCGGCCGAUGAGAUGUUCGCCAGCGGCACAGCCAUGGUGGUCCAGCCCAUCGGCUCGCUCACCUACAAGGGCCGCCGAGUGCAGUUCACACGCACCAGCAGCCCCGCCCCCUCACCUGCCGCCGACACCAGCAGCGGCGCCACCGCAACCGCAAACGGGGCCGCGCCUGCUACAGCCAAUGGCACCGCGCCUGCUACAGCCAACGGCGGCAGCAGCACCAGCCACGACGCCGAGGCGCCGGAGGCGGACGGCGAGCCCACCCCCACCAGCCCCAGCCGCAGUAGCAGCAGCUGCGCCAGCGGCAGUAGCAGCCUGGACGCGGCGGGCGGCCUGCUGUCGUACGGCUACAGCACGGGCGUUGUACGGCUGUCGGAGGAGCAGCGGCGGGCGCUGGAGGCGGCGGCGCCGCCGCCGGAGCCGGGCUCCCUGCCUCCGGGCGUGGGGCCGGUGGCUCAGCGGCUGUAUGGGCUGUUGACGGGGAUCCAGUACGGCAGGGUGGCGGACCCGUUCGGCUGGGCGGUGCCAGUGGACAUGAACGGCCCCACGGAGGGCGAGCUGCACCUGGACCGCCUGCUCCCAGUGGAGGAGGUCGAGGCCGAGGAGGAGGCCGCGGAGGCGGCGCCGGAGGCGGGCGGCGCCAAGGCGGUCAAGAAGGCCGGUGCGGCGGCCGGCGCCGGCGGCGCCAAGGCUAACAAGCCUCACGCGGUUUUCGCUGACCCUAACCUGGAAUGAGUGUGAUGAUCAAUACGGCCAUGUGGGCAGGCGGAGUGCGAGUGAGGCAAGCACGCAGUGAAGAGCACGGAGCAUGUAUGGGCGGACAGGGAGGCCCCAAUUUUCAACGGGUAUGGGGAUGGAUGAACCAACUGCAUUACGGAGUAAUAAUUAAGCGACGUGACACGUGAGGGAAAGCUGUCGGCGAGAGGUAAAACGCUGGCCGCGGGCCUGCAAGUGUGGGGGCUGAAGUUUGAGCAGUUGGAAAGGCUGAGGAGCUUGCCGUGUUGAGGACAAGGUACCGGUAGCAAAGAAUGAGCAGGCUGCGUAGGAAAGGAAACGAAUGUUUUGAAGAGGGGUAGCUGGCAGGAGGACAGUAGUGUUGUGGGCAGUGGCAAAUCGUUUUGGCGGUGGCUUUUGUGGCGUGAUGCCUUACAAGUGUUGUUGUAUACGCGAUGGUGUUGCUGUGAGCUGAUUUAAAUCCUGUGCACUAGGGCCGAUGGUAGCGGUGUGUGCAGCGCGGGUGAUUCAGACGCAUGCCGCCCGUGCUGGAAGGGCAAUUUACAGACAUGGGUGUAACACUUACUGUGG